GUGACCUGGGGAACUCCCCCACAUAGAUGUGACCCCCGCCCCUUUAAAUGUCGCCCAUCCAAAUUCUUGUUUAGACAAAAGGGUGGAAAAAAUCUCUUUCAUUCAACCCUGAGUUUGUAAAGCUACUAUCUAUUCAGAUUCUAAUUGAGUGCUCGCCUCCUAUCCUGCAGACAGCAGAAUACAUCUUUGCGGUGUUUGACGUUUGGCAAGCAAAGUGCGAGGAGAUUAUAAUAUAAUAAUGGAAGAGUACCAGGCAAACGGCGGGAAUGGAGCGUACCCACAACCUGGAGCUGCAGAUAGCAACCCCUCUCCUGCACAGCAGCAUGUACAGAGCCCAGGCCCAUUGCAAAGCCCCACCACAACUAUGCCCACCAAAAGUCCACUCGAUGUUCCUACCAAUCCCAUUUUCUCCAAGGAUGGCCAUCUCCAUGCUCAGUUCUCUCCCACUCUCCAUUAUGGUGGUGCAGCUAUGCACCCUGGUGCGCCUAUUGCUUUACAUCAAGUGCUGAGGCCCAACGUCCCCCUGCAACCUCCUCCGUUGGGACGAAUGCGCCAUAUCCCUCCACCAAUUCCGCUGAUUGCAGCUAACAUAAACAGCAAUGGAGAGAUUCGUUCUCCUCUGACACAGUUCCCUCCAGGAUACAUCCCCAUGUCUUCGCCUAACACCACGAUGCCCUAUCAGCCCGUUAUACAGAGCCCACACACCCAUCGCACGAUUCCACAAGGACAACAGCCAGAUCCCGACUCAACAGAAGUUAAAGACCUCGAGACUUUUGCAAUUGAAUUCAAGCAGCGUCGAAUAAAGCUUGGCUACACUCAAACGAACGUCGGCCAAGCACUUGCUGAAGUUCACGGUACUGAUUUUAGUCAAACUACAAUCUGCAGAUUCGAAAACUUGCAGCUAAGUUUCAAAAAUGCUCAAAAGUUGAAGCCGAUCCUCGAAAAAUGGCUGGAAGAAGCCGAGAAGCUUGGAGCUAAGCAUCACAAAGAGGAGGAGCAGUCCCCUGAGAGGAGACGAAAGAGGCGCACAUCAAUUGGUGUUGCUGCAAAAGAAACGUUAGAGAGACAUUUUAUUGGUCAACCGAAGCCAAGCUCAAGUGAUAUAGGCAAGGUGGCAGAUGUUCUCAAUCUUGACAAGGAGGUGGUACGUGUUUGGUUUUGCAACCGGCGACAAAGAGAAAAGAGAGUCAGGCAUUCCGUAAGCAGCCCCACAAAAGAUGGCAGUCCAACUACUCCUAAUUCAGCUAGAUAAGGUGCUAGACAAACAGUUUUUUGUACUAUAUAGUUAUGCAUGCAUUGUCGAUGAUCUAUUUUACAUUACUUUAAUAUUGUGGACUACCCAAAACUUUUGUGAUUUUAAUAUAAGAAUUAUGAUAACAUUAGUAUGAACUGUAAAAAAACUGUAUGACAAUCAACUCUAA